AUGUGUGGGAUUUUAUUUUCUUUAAAGCAGCGCUUCUACAGGAAAGAAUCUUCUUUGGAGUUCAAACAUGACACCAAUGCAGCUACGUUAAUGACAGAGGCAGUGCACGAAUUAGUUUUGUCACCUACAAAGGGUGUUACCACUUUAAUAACUUCCUGCUCACACGAGCUUCAUAAAUGCGAAGAUCUGAAAAAUGGGAUUCCGCUUGAUAAUGAAAAUAUGUAUGAAGUGCGACCAUGCCGAUCUUCAGAAGAACUGUGGACCUCGGCGUUGCCAUGUGGUUCUGGCCCAUACAAACCGACCGCCGGAGGUGUCCCUCACUUGACCCUAUCAUCAUCUAAUUUAAAGCCAUUCGACCGCAUCGUAGAGAACAUCCGUCGACGUGGCCCAGACAACUUUGGGGUCACGAAACCUGAUUUCCCCGAUGUGCUUCUGGACGUAAAUCAAACUUCAUCGACAGCUCCGAUGCCAAAAGGUGUGUUAAAUAACAAUGGUGCGGUACUUAUGCAAACCAAGCUUGAGGGUGUGGCUUCAGUCUUAGGGCUUCGCGGUCGCACCAUAAUACGACAACCCUACGAGAUAGAGGCUGAUCCGGAUCAGGAAAACGACGGUUCUGUUUCUCCUAACAAAUCGUUUUUGUUGAUGAAUGGUGAAAUUUUUAAUGGGUCCAUGCAUCCACCGCCAUGGGGCUCUGACACCAUCGUCCUGGCCAACCGGCUUUCACAACUAGAGCAGGAGUACACGUCAAGGAAGAGCUUCGACUCCGUACAGAACCUCUCCCUUGCGCAGCGCCAGAGACAGUUCCUUACGCGCUGCGUUGAUGUUAUCGAGAGCGAGGUUCAGGGACAAUACAGCUUUGCCUUUUACGCACAUCAGCUGCAGAUGAUAGUUUUCGGCCGUGAUCCACUUGGAAGAGUUUCACUGCUUCUCCAUUUUUCCGUUCAUACUGCAUCUUCACCGCCAAUAAGCACCCCAAACGGGGGACUUAAUGACGACAAUGACCCCACCCGCGGUACUUUUCUGAUGGGAACAGAACUUUUGGUGUCUUCUGUGGGAGCUCAGCACACACCCUUGCACAGUGUCGACGCUGUUAAAUCUAAUAACUUUCAGUCUGGUGUCCAGGGAAAGGGGAGCUAUUCCGUUGAAAAGCGGAAAAGAGAUGUGGAUCGAAGUAAUACAUCAGAUGAUGAUGAUGAAGAGCAUUUCAAAGAAUCGCGCACAACUCAGUCGGUGGUGGUAAACUGUGAUAUCACACAUUGUUGGACAGAAGUGCCAGUCACAGGGUUGCUGGGCUUGCCACUAGACAAACCGUUUCUUCCAUUAUCAUCCUGGGUAAACCGUCGAACAAUGACUGAGCAUGACGAGGAUACCUUGGAUACAUUGCAGGCUCAGUUCAUGCAUUCCCCCUGGCGGGAUGUGUACCAUUUUGUACAUCCACUUCUUCGAGCGCAGGUUGCCGCUGAGGCAGCUGGCGCAAACAAUUUCAGUGCGUCAUCGAUGGUUCCUAUUUUUCCAAAGAAUAAUUAUUUCCACUAUCUAAAUGGUGAGAACAGCAAGAUGCUCUUGGAUAUGCUGCUUCCAUUACCUCCGCUUCUGGCCGAGCGUGUGGCGUCCUCAUCGCCGAAGUCGGAUUCCAAUGACGAUGUGUGGGCUCACCGUGCGGCUAUUCUCUAUCUGCACUCACUCACAUCUGCUGUGAUGCGUCGUACACAUGUCGCAUGUUCUGGUGCGGAGGAUGGCCGAAAUCCACAAAAACUCGCCGCUGCCUUGCGGCGGCCCCUGUGCAUUUUGUUUUCUGGUGGCAUCGACUCUGCAAUGCUGGCAGCACUUGCACAUUUUACUCUUCCUAUUGAAACCCCGAUUGAGCUUGUGAAUGUCACCUUUGGUGAGCAUUCAGAACAGGCACCAGAUCGCGUGACAGCGCUGCAAGCUGUGGAGGAGCUGCUAAGACUUCCGCAGGGAGAGCCGCACGGUUCAUCUUUUGGCGGUACGGUCUCUGAGAGAGAGUGGCGGCUAGUGUUCGUGGACGUCCCUAGUAAGUAUUCGGCAGAGACACCCCACCUUUUAGAUCUUGUGAUGCCCCAGCAUACGGUGAUGGAUAUGGAUAUCGGCACAGCGUUCUGGCAUGCUUCUCGUGCUAAGGGUCGCAUGCAGAGGCUGUACCACAAUGACAUUGAGUCACAGUUGACAACGGACGCUGCUGCGUGUUUAAAUGAAAAAGUGAGUCCACAUAGAAGUACAAACGGUCUUGAAAACUAUUCUAAGCACUUUCGCGUCUUACCAGGUGCGUCGUUUUCAAAGAGUCAAGUUGGGCCGGCUUCGGAUCGUCUUCCUAUAGGACUUGAAUCGGAGCCUUUAUCCACACCCUUUGCUGCGAACAGUGCAUCGAACGACACCGAUGGGCGCUUCGAUAUCCUUGUGGAGGUCCUGGUUACGGAAGGGCGCCAGCGCGGCGGGUCUAAUUUUCCCGUACUGCUAUCCGUCCUUGGUAAGGAAUACAGACAAUUUCUGCACGAGCACCUCUCAAAACUUGGAUACAAGAAGUUGGGAUCUUUUCUUAGCGAUGCAGCUCGUGCAGGGGUCAUUCGCUUUGUUCAGAAUGAGCCCUCCAAGGCGGUGGUUUUGGUCAGAGAAGAAGACCGGCAGCGCGCCUCCGAGAGACCACCACAGAGGUGGUUUCAGACUAAUCGUAUGAAGAUACAACAAGGUUGCUUGCAGGAUCCUCUUCCACCCGAGGGUACGUAUGAGCUUGAGUAUAACUCGACCGCCAAGGUGAUUCUUCUUGGGACCGGCGCCGACGAGACGCUUGGUGGCUAUACGCGAUACCGUCGUUUAUACAACCGCGAGGGCAUUAAUGGCGCGCGGCGUGAAUUAGAAGAGGACUUCUCGCGCUUUUGGAAACGGAAUCUAGGGCGGGACGAUCGUAUUACAAUGGAUAAUGGCCGCGAGCCAAGGUUUCCCUACCUUGAUGAGGAAGUCCUGCGUAUGCUUGAGCACAUUGUUUGGGGAAGACGUAGCCAGCUACUACAGGAACGUCAGGCCAACCUCAAACAGCAAGAGACUAUCGACGCUGGUGCUGCCACUGUACCUCUUCAUCCCGCAGCCGAUGAUGAUCAGCUUUUACAGGCCAGCAUUGCUCCCGUCAUGAGCCUUGAGCUCGGUGCGGGUGAGGGGGAUAAACGUGUGCUCCGCCAUGCAGCAGCUAUUGUAGGUCUUCAGAAAGUGGCAUGCCUCCAGAAACGGGCUAUCCAAUUUGGCUCGCGUAUUGCGGAACGACGAAUACAUGGAUCUAAAGAGUUACACUCAACUAUGGGAAUACCAAAUUCUGCUUCCUGA